GGCAGCAAUGUGCCGUCAGGUAUCUAACGUCAGUCUGCCGGAAAUCCACCAGAAGAAGAGGGAGAAAAAGGAGAUGUCACAGGUCCCGGGUCGUGAUCCGGCCUUCAUGGAGGCCAUCAACCAAAACAUGCGUGUUCCGGAGCACCUGAGUGUCAGUGUGGGGCAGCAGUGGCGGGAGGAGGAGGGACAGGAGGCCAUAAGGAGGCCUGAGGAGCCUCCACCUACCUACACCAUGCAGGUCCCUGAUAGGCUGACAUACGCAGAAGCCCCUGAUAUGAGCCCCAGACCUCUGUUCACCACAUCCAAACCAACUAUCUGUGGCCCUCUUGGUCUGGAACCGUGCUGGGAGAGUCCAUCUGGAGAGGUCUUCUACAGAGAAGCGCUGCAGAGUCCCAUACGGAGAUCUUACAGUGACCAAAGCUUUGGCAGGACACCGCCAGGCACACCGACACAGCUGAAACAGGCACUGGCACUGCCCAGACACCCAUCCAGCUUUCGAGGUUCAGGCCGUCUUCUCCACCAGCAGUCCACUGCUUAUCUUUCCUCUCAGACCAGUGAUCCCCAGGCCCAGCCUCUCCUUUCCUCUCCCCUCAGCCUCCUGUCUCCACAGUCCAUUCUGCAGGUGGCCAGGCAGCUGGGCCUGCAGGCCUCACAGCGCCUCCUGCAGACGGUCAGCCAGAAAUACAGAUUUAGCAACCAAGAGAAGCCGCCAGCAGCCAGAGUCAUGACCGAGGUCCCUGCUGCAGCACACGUGGAGCAUAGCAAGAAAAGGGCAAUGGAGAGCUGGAGUCCAGAAGAAGAGGGCGGAGCUGCUGUCGAGUUUAUCAUCCUCAGAAGACAGGUGAUGAAGAUGAGUCGCCGGCUGGCAGCACUUGAGAGGCAUGGCGCUGAGCGGAGGAAUACCGAAGUUGUUCUGUUCUCACUACUUUUCUCCGCCUGCCUGCUCAACGUCUGGCUGUGGAUCCGCAGAUAACACACACUCACUGUAUAUGCACCAGUCAGUAAUCACGCAGCGAGAAGUUAAUGAAGUGGCACAGAGAGCUGAUUAUACACCCACAGAAACAGUCUUUGUAACCCACUUUGGCUUUAUUGAUUCCACACAAUUUUUUUUACUCGGAGAAACUCAGAGUAAAAAAAAAAACUCUGUUUCUAUCAAUCACCAUGACAUUUUUCAGAGUUGUUCAGAGGAAUUCUGGAAAAUGUGUGUGAAUGCUAAUUAAUCACAGACCUACAUAAUUGAGGGUUUAUCAUACUGUCCACCCUUCUGCUCUCUUCCUGAAUUAAGGCCUAAUGUCAAACUAAGUUUUAACGUCAUCUUGGCCCAAUUUGUAACCUCAAGAUAACCCCUGGAAAGAUAUGAAAUUUGGCCUAAAUUACUUAGUAAAAAUAUCCUCACUGACAAACGUAAGCAUUCAUGCAGACACAUAAAUACACAAACAGUACUUGGUAAAUACUAUAGCUUUCAAGAAGCUAUGGUCUUAGAUCUCAGGUCUCAGUAAAGAGAAUGUAAGACUUAAAUGUACAAAAUGUAAUUUCACCACUAGGGGGUCUCUCACAUGAAAUUAAAAAAAGACUACGUUUGAUGGCAUGGUGAAGUAGCGUUGGAUCAUUGGAUUGUGGGAGUUGUCUUUACCAUCAUUGCAGUGAGCUUCUCCCAGUUAGUAUUCAGUGUUCAUGGUUCUGUAGGUUUCUGCCGGGAACUCAAUUAUCCACAGAGGUGUCUUCCUCUCUAAAACAAACAGACCCUCUUAUUUAAACUGGUAAACACACUGAAUAAAGCAGUUCCACCUUAACAAUCACUGUUUCUCCCACGCUGUUGGGCAGACAGAGGAUGUCCCGGAGGUGCUGCGAGCCAAGCUGCUGCUAACGUUAGCUCAGCUUGUUUCUCUGAUAACUUAAGAUCCAGAUGUCCGAUGACUAAAAUCCUUCAUCUGGUUCAAAUCUAGAGUUAAAAGGCACCAAGAUCUAAACAGUGGAUGGUAAAAAUUUUGUAAAAUGUAAAAAUUAGAUGAUUACUUCUGGCAUUUAUCAAUCCCAGGGCUGAUGCAUGUUGUGUACAAAGACAACUAUUCACACCUCCACCAGCAGGUUGGAACCAGAACUAUUAGGGCAGUGCUGACCACUGCACUGCCCUAAUAUUGGGAUCUUUAUGUACAAUUACACUGUUUUGUGACGGUAAUGCUUCAACUACAGACUAACACUAAUCCCACACAUAAGUAUCACUCCAUUAAGAUGCUGACAGUAAUGUAUUUAGACACCGUUUAAUGGCUUUCAAAAGUAAUAUAUUGAAAUUGUGUAGGUGUAAAGCUGUUUAUUUAGUUAUGCAGUGUAAACAGUGUAGGAUGAAGGAGUGUAUGAAGUUUGGACUAUUACUGGAGAAUUUUAGCCAUUUUAAUUGUCCUAAGUUAAAGGUCCAGUGUGUAAAAUUUAGGAGGAUCUAUUAUCAGAAAUGGAAUAUAAUAUUUAUAGGUAUGUUUUCACAAGUGUAUAAUUACCAGAAUAUAGGAAUCGUGUUUUUGUUAUCGUAGAAUGAGACAUUUUUAUUUACAGAUGGAACUGGUUAGCCUCUACUACGGAGUCUACAGAACCCCAUAAUAGUUUCGCAGCCACCAUAGUUUUCUGUAUAAUAUAUAAUCUGCUAAAUCCUACACAGUGGACCUUUAAAAAUAAAUUAAUAACAGUGAAUAAUAACUGGAGAUAAUAUUUGAAGACUGGUGUUUUUUUGACCGCAGUGGGCAAUUGAUUGUAUGAGUCAAAACCUUCAAAAGAGCUUUAUCUUAAACAGUCUUCAGAGUUUAAAUGUUACUCAUCAUGUCUAUUUAUUCUUAAAGCUGUGCCAUGUAUGUUUAUUCAAUAAAAGUAGAUUUUAUAUUUAAA